AUGGUGUAUUUCAUAGAGGAUGAUAUAGUGUGUCUCAGCGCGACCAAAUGCAAAUUUGGUCUAAACAUGCAUCCUGGCAUGGGCAUCUCGCCAGAUUUUUUUUCAGUCUUGGAAGUUGCGAUCACCAUGGGAACUGAGGUUGGUGAGCUACUGAGCCACGUGCGUACGUGCGUGGUGCGUGAAUGUAUGGGUGACACGUAG